AUGAAAUUUGAAGACUAUCUCGUGGAGAAAAGCCAAGAACCUCACAAUAGACAAGGCCUUGAGAAAGAGGUUGUCCAAUUGCAAGCACAGUUGAAGUGUGAGGAGGCACUCAAUAGGGUCUUACGUUGUGCACUUCAUGGACCUGUUUUCUCUCUUCCACUCAUUCCCCCAUUGUUUCCACCUCAGGUUCGGGAGCUUCUUCAAGAAUUGGCAAUGGUUGAGGAAGAGAUCAUCAUGCUAGAAAGAAAAGUUAAGGAACUAAAACUUAGAUUGUUCCAGGAGAGGUACCAGAACAUAGAUUGGGAAAUACACCAUAGGAGACAGCCUAAACUAAAUAAACAGUUCAGAGGAUCGUCAAGGUAUGAUUCAAUGAUUACUGAACAGAGGUCAAGUUCACUCCAUUAUGAAGUGAUUAGUAAAGGAAGAAAGACAAGCGAUAGAAGGGCCUCUCUAGGCUCUGCAUUGGAUUUCCAUAGCCUAUUUUCCACACCAAGAAGGUCAACAGAAUAUGAAGUGCCAAGAAGGAGCAGUGGUAAGAUAGCAAGAGAAUACCCUAUCCAUAUAGAAGAUGCCAUUGAUAAACCAAACGAAAUGUCAGAGGAACUGCUCAAGUGUCUGAUAGGAAUUUUUCUGGAAUUGAACAAGGCAUCAUUGCACAGAGAAGAAUCAGAAACUGUCCCUAGACUCACUCUUCCAUGCAUGAAGUCCGCUGGCUUGAUGGCAAAGGCCUCAUUAAACAGCAAGGCACCUUCAAAUAGCAAUGUCUCUUGUCUUGAUCCUUAUGGCAUAUCUUCAGAUUUGGAUUGCACAGCAAGAGAUGUAGGACCUUAUAAAGACUUCAUUCAAAUCACUAGGAGUUCAUUGGACAUAGACCGCUUUUCGCAAUGCCUGCCAGCAUUCAGGAAAUUGAGGGUGUUGAUUCACAAGCUAUGUGAUGUGGAUUUAAGUUUCUUGACCUACAAGCAAAAGUUGGCCUUCUGGAUCAACAUCUAUAAUGCCUGCAUAAUGAAUGUACUCAACGUGUUGACACAGGCUGCAAUGAAUGUAGGCGGGAUUGUUCUGAAUGCUCUGGCUAUCGAACACUUUAUUCUUCGACACCCAUGUGAAUCAAAACAUGGUCCUGUGGACGAAAAGGAAGUGCUAUUACGGCAUGCUUAUGGCCUGGGAUAUCCAGAACCUAACGUCACCUUUGCUCUUUGUCGAGGCACCUGGUCCUCACCAGCAUUAAGGGUGUACACUUCAGACGAAGUUGUGAACCAAUUGGGGAGGGCUAAAGUGGAAUACUUGGAAGCUUCAGUGGGUAUCACAAACAAGAGAAGGAUACUUGUGCCUAAGCUUUUGGAGUGGCAUAUGCACGAUUUUGCAGAUGAAAUGGAAUCAUUAUUAGAAUGGAUUUAUAGCCAAUUGCCUCGCUCAGGAUCAUUGAAGAGGGCCACGAUGGAGUGCCUCAUAAGAGAAACAAAAUAUCCUAUGGCUAAGAUGAAAUCGGAAAAGUCGCGCCCGGCAAAAUCUAAAUGCUGCAAUUUAAUAUUGCGUCAGUAG